UGCCAUAAUUAGUCAUUCUAAAAUUGCGCGUGCGCAUUCAAAUAAAAAUUGUGAUCGUGUCGUGUUUAUAACCUGUGUACAUAAUUCCAUUUUUCUCCUUUUUUAUUUCAAUUACUGUAAGAAAUUAAUUCACUAUGCAGAAUCCCAAUGAAGACACUGAGUGGAAUGAUAUUCUUAGAGCAAAAGGUAUUAUACCCCCCAAAAAGGAGGCUGAAAUUACAGAAGACCAAAUAGUAUCACUACUUGAAGAGACCAUUGAUCAAAAAACAAAAGGAAAAGACUUGGAUACACUCAACUUGGAUGAAUUAGAUGAACUGGAAGAUUCCGAAGACGAGGAAGUUUUACAACAAUAUAGGCAAAAGCGAAUUGCUGAACUUCAAGCAUUAGCACAAAAAUCCAAAUUUGGGAGUGUUGGUGAAAUUUCAGCGCAAGAUUAUGUUAAUGAAGUUAACAAAGCUGGUGAAGGUAUUUAUGUUGUACUUCACUUGUACAAACAAGGAAUUCCACUGUGUGCUCUUAUAAAUGAACAUAUGAGACAUUUGGCUGUGAAGUUCCCAACAGUUAAAUUCUUAAAAUCAAUAUCAACUACGUGCAUACCUAACUAUCCGGAUAAGAAUUUACCCACAGUAUUUGUCUAUUUUGAAGGUGAAAUGAAAAAGCAGUUAAUUGGUCCACUGGAUCUCAGAGGACCCAAUUUAUCUUAUGAAGAGUUUGAAUAUCUUCUGGGAAAAACAGGUGCUAUCAAAACAGAUAUCAAAGAAGACCCAAGGCCUGCAAUCAAAGAUAAGAUGUUUGCAGAUUUACGAGACACAAAUGAUUGGUAAACUUACCAAACAGUUACUAAUUAAAAUUUUAUUUACAACACAAUCAGUUUGUUAAGCUACUUUUUGUAUAACAAAUAUUUAUUUAAUUAAUAUAGGUAUAACAGUUAAAAAAUCUUUU